UUGGCUGGGCCGAGGGCGUGGGGCGGGGAACGGUCGGCUCCGGCCGGGGCAACAUGGCGGCGGCGGUGGCGGAGCCGGGGACCGGCCCGCUUCGCGUGGGCUUUGUAGGCGCGGGACGUAUGGCGGAGGCCAUCGCGCAGGGCUUCAUCCGAGCAGGGAAAGUGGAAGCUCGGCACAUACUGGCCAGCGCGCCAACCGACAGGAACCUCUGCCACUUCCAGGCUCUGGGCUGCCAGACCACCCACUCCAACCGGGAGGUUCUGCAGAACUGCUUACUGGUCUUCUUUGCUACCAAGCCCCACGUCCUGCCCACUGUCCUGGCAGAGGUGGCCCCUGUGGUAACGUCUGAGCACAUCUUGGUGUCUGUGGCUGCCGGGGUCUCUCUGAGCACCUUGGAAGAGCUGCUGCCCCCGACGGCACGGGUGUUGCGGGUCUCACCCAACCUGCCUUGCGUGGUUCAGGAAGGGGCCAUGGUGAUGGCCAGGGGCCGCCACGCCGGAAGCAGUGAGGCCAAGCUCCUGCAGGCCCUGCUGGAGGCCUGCGGGCAGUGCGAGGAGGUGCCUGAGGCCCACGUGGACAUCCACACUGGCCUCAGUGGCAGCGGUGUCGCCUACGUGUGUGCCUUCUCAGAGGCCCUGGCCGAGGGUGCCAUCAAGAUGGGCAUGCCGGGCAGCCUGGCCCACCGCAUCGCCGCUCAGACCCUGCUGGGGACAGCCAAGAUGUUGCAGCAGAACGGGCAGCACCCAGCUCAGCUGCGGACAGACGUGUGCACGCCAGGCGGCACCACCAUCUACGGGCUCCACGCCCUGGAGCGGGGUGGGCUGCGGGCUGCCACCAUGAGCGCCGUGGAGGCUGCCACCUGUCGGGCCAGGGAGCUCAGCGGGAAGUAGGGAACAGGUACUGGCUGUGGGCUGCCCACCUGCCCCCCUCCCCCGGUCCCAGCCUUCCGGGCUGCCCCCACCCCCGACUUCCAAGGGAGCAAAUGAGAAGGGACAGGACUAGAGGGGUUCAUAGGCAGGGCAUCCCUCACCAUGGGAACCACCCCCCCACCCCACCCCGGCCAGCGCAGGGCAGAGGCAUCAGCAGUGGCCACCAUCACAGGUGACUGGGGUUUGGAGGGCUGGAGCUGUGGCAGUGUGGGCCAGGGGCCCCGUGUGCUCAGCUGGUGGGUCGGCCCUUCCAACAGCUGUGUGACUGCAGCCAGCUCGGGGGUGGGGGACUGGGGGAGGACCUGGAUACUGCACGGGAGAUAGGCUCCUCCUCACUGAAGCCAGCGCUGGAAGGCCACCACAUCUAUUUUAUCCCCAGGUUGAUCUGCCAUGCCUGGGGUGGCGGCAGGUCAGCUACAGGGAGCUAGGCCUUGACCCUGCCAGCGGCCCCCGAGAAGACCCUGGGGCUGAGGAGAAGCCGCACCGGGUCCUUCCCUUGGGGAGUCCCACGAACAGAGCCCUGGGUGGGUCUGCCGCAGUGCCGGUCCCCAGCAGGCCAGGGGAGGUCCCAGGGGACGUGCCUAGCCUGCUGCAGAGCAAGGACUUGGCUUCAGCUGCGUGUGGGCCCCCUCCCUCCGCUAAGCUCCUGGCAGGUGGCAGGCAGAGCUGACCCUGACAACCGAUCCCUGGGUCAUCCUCGAGGGUCUCCUGGCCUGGCCUGUGACUGAAGGACGUGACUCUUCGGCAUAUCCCCACAUGGAGCAACCAGCUGGGAAUGCCAGGAACUUGGGUCCCAAACCAAGGCCCUGGGGCCUUUGGGUGGACGGUGGGCUGCCUGCCGCUGUCCCCCCACACUACCCCCGUGGCUCUUGGAGCUCCCCCACCCCACCAAGGCCCUGGAGUGCCGGAACUCCCCUCGCUCCUGCCUGCAGCCUGCCGAUGCCAGGCCCCCACGAGGUGGGAGUGGGCCACCUCUGGUUUGCAGCCAGUCCGUCCGUCGGGUGGUGGCUGGUGACACCCUGCAGCAGUGCUCCCCUGCUCCUGCCCUCAUCCCCAGCCUGGCCUCCCGAGCACGUCCCCAGGCGCUUCUGCACCUGACCGACCUGGGAGGCGGGAAUAAAGGCGCUGUCCGAUCACA